AUGGACGUUGCACCGGGGUCGUCGCCCAGCUUGCUGGACGCGGGUGUCUGCAGACCGCGGACGGCUCCCCGGAGCGUCCCUGCCGACAUCCUGGUCCGGCCUGGGGACGGGAGCACCAGGGACGGGAGCGUCAGGGACGGGCAGCAAGAGGUGGGCGCCUGGUUCAGCACAGCUCACUCCUUCCCUUCCUUUUCUUUCAGAAAGAAGGAGCUCUCAGCCACCAAGAAGGACCGCGUGAACCAUUGUCUGACCAUCUGUGAGAGCAUAGUGGGUCAGUCGCUCAGAAAUUCUCCCGAGUUUCAGAAACUGCUGGGCAUCGCCAUGGAGCUGUUCCUGCUGUGCAGCGACGACGCGGAGUCGGACGUGAGGAUGGUGGCUGACGAGUGCCUCAACAAGGUCAUCAAGGCGCUGAUGGAUUCUAACCUCCCGAGGCUGCAGCUCGAGCUCUACAAGGAAAUCAAGAAGAACGGCGCUCCCCGGAGCCUGCGUGCUGCCCUGUGGAGGUUCGCCGAGCUGGCGCACCUGGUCCGGCCCCAGAAAUGCAGGCCUUACUUGGUGAACCUCCUGCCUUGCCUGACACGAACAAGCAAGAGACCUGAGGAGUCUGUUCAGGAGACCUUGGCUGCAGCUAUACCCAAAAUUAUGGCUUCGCUCGGCAAUUUUGCAAAUGACAAUGAGAUUAAGGUUCUGCUGAAGGCUUUCAUCACGAACCUGAAGUCCAGCUCCCCGACCACGCGGCGGACGGCGGCGGCCUGCGUGGUGAGCAUCUGCCAGCACUCCCGGAGGACGCAGUACUUCUACAGCUGGCUGCUCAGCGUGCUCCUAGGGUUGCUGGUUCCCGUCGAGGGCGAGCACCCCUCCCUGCUGGUCCUUGGAGCGCUGCUCACACUGCGGUACUUGGUGCCCUUGCUGCAGCAGCAGGUCCAGGACACCAGCCUGAAAGGCAGCUUUGGGGUGACGCGAAAGGAAAUGGAAGUCUCCCCCUCGACAGAGCAGCUGGUGCAGGUUUACGAGCUGACCUUGCAUUACGCGCAGCACCCGGACCACAACGUGGUGACCGGGGCGCUGGAGCUCCUGCAGCAGCUGCUCCGGACCCCGCCCCCCGAGCUGCUGCGCGCCCUGACCACACCGGGCGGCCUGGCGCAGCUCAGCGCGCCCCUCCAGGAGCCCGGCAGCCGCAGCCGCAGCGGGAGCAUCGUGGAGCUGAUAGCCGGAGGGGGUUCUUCAUGCAGCCCUGUCCUUUCAAGAAAACAAAAAGGGAAGGUGCUCCUGGGGGAAGCGGCGGCCUUGGAGGAGGACUCCGAGUCCCGGUCGGAGGGCAGCAGCCCGGCCUUCGCAGCCUCAGUCAAGGGCGAGAUCUGUGGGGAGCUGGCUGCCUCUUCCGGGGUCUCCACUCCGGGCUCUGUCAGCUCCGCGGCUGACUCCACGGGUCACGACAUCAUCACCGAGCAGCCCCGGUCACAGCACACGCUACAGCCGGACUCGGUGGAUCUGACCGGCUGUGACUUGGCGAGUGCAGCCACUGACGGGGACGAGGAGGAUAUCUUAAGCCACAGCUCCAGCCAGAUCAGCGCGGUCCCGUCCGACCCGGCCAUGGACCUGAACGAUGGGACCCAGGCCUCCUCCCCCCUCAGCGACAGCUCUCAGACCACCACCGAGGGCCCCGACUCAGCCGUGACCCCUUCAGACAGCUCCGAAAUCGUGUUAGACAGCGCCGACAGCCAGGACCUGGGGAUGCAGCUCCCACCGCCGGAGGAGGAGGAGGGGGAAGAGGAGGCGGAGGAGGAGGAGGAGCCCGCAGGCCUUCCUGAGGACUCCAUCGCCUUCGCAGCUGCGUCCGCGGCCCUUCAGCAAGCACAUUUACUGAAAAGCAUGGGCCACAGCAGGCAGCCCUCGGACAGCAGUGUGGACAGGGGUGUGUCCAGAGAGGACGCCACCGACCCAGGGGAUCAGGACAACAAGCCCUGCCACAUCAGAGGGGACAUCGGGCAGCCUGACGACGACGACGCUGCGCCCCUCACCCACUGUGUCCGCCUCUUGUCCGCGUCGUUUCUGCUCACGGGGGAGAGAAAUGGUAAGGGGGCGGCCGGGGAGAGACGCGGGAAGCCCCGGUUUCAGCAGCCUGGCGCCGCUGUUGGGCGGCGUGGACUUUCACGGUGGCUGGCGUUUGUCCCCGCAGAGGAGCAGUACGUCUCGGACGUCCUCGGCUACAUCGAUCACGGAGACCCGCAGGUGCGCGGGGCCACGGCCAUCCUCUGCGGGACGCUCGUCUGCUCCAUCCUCAGCAGGUCCCGCUUCCAGGUGGGGGACUGGCUGGGCUCCGUUCGAGCUCGCACAGGAAACGCGUUUUCUCUGGUGGACUGCGUUCCUUUGCUGCGGAAAACGCUGAAGGAUGAGUCAUCUGUUACUUGCAAGUUGGCGUGUGCAGCUGUGCGGCACUGUGUCAUGAGCCUCUGUAGCAGCAGCUACAGCGACCUGGGGCUGCAGCUGAUCACCGACGUGCUGAGCCUGAGGAGCAGCUCCUACUGGCUGGUGAGGACGGAGCUGCUGGAGACACUCGCAGAGACGGACUUCAGGUUGGUGAGCUUUUUGGAAGCAAAAGCAGAACACCUGCACAGAGGGGCGCACCAUUACACAGGGCUUUUGAAGCUGCAAGAGCGGGUGCUCCACAGCGUGGUCCUCCACCUGCUGGGGGAUGAAGACCCCAGAGUGCGACACGUGGCCGCCGCGUCGUUAGUGAGGCUUGUCCCCAAGCUGUUCUAUAAGUGCGACCAAGGGCAGGCGGACCCCGUCGUGGCCAUGGCCAGAGACCAGAGCAGUGUUUACCUGAAGCUUCUCAUGCACGAGGCGCAGCCCGCCUCCCACUUCUCCGUCAGCACCAUAACCAGAAUAUAUAGAGGCUAUAACUUACUGCCAAGUAUCACAGAUGUCACCAUGGAAAACAACCUGUCCAGAGUCAUUGCGGCCGUGUCCCACCAGCUGGUCACGGCCACCACGCGCGCGCUCACGUUCGGAUGCUGUGAAGCUCUGUGUCUCCUCUCAACCGCCUUCCCGGUCUGCACUUGGAGUCUAGGCUGGCAUUGUGGAGUGCCCCCUCUGAGCGCCUUGGACGAGUCCAGGAAGAGCUGUACUGUCGGGAUGGCCUCGGUGAUCCUGACCCUGCUCUCGUCCGCGUGGUUCCCAUUGGACCUCGCAGCCCAUCAGGAUGCCUUGAUCUUGGCCGGAAACUUGCUUGCAGCCAGUGCCCCCCGAUCUCUGAGAAGCUCAUGGGCCGCCGAGGAAGAGGCCGCCCCAGCAGCCGCCAAGCAGGAGGAGGCGUGGCCAGCGCUGGGGGACCGGAGCCUGGUGCCCAUGGUGGAGCAGCUCUUCUCCCACCUGCUGAAGGUGAUCAACAUCUGCGCCCACGUGCUGGACGAGGUGGCGCCUGGACCCGCGGGGAAGGCAGCCCUGCCGUCCCUGACAAGCGCCCCUGCUCUCAGCCCCAUUCGGCGGAAGGGCAAGGAGAAGGAGCCGAGCGAGCAGGCGUCCGUGCCGCUGAGCCCCAAGAAAGGCAGCGACGCCAGCCCUGCCUCUCGACAGUCAGAUGCCACAGGGCCCGUCACAGCCAAUAAACCCUCGUCGCUGGGGAGCUUCUACCACCUUCCUUCUUACCUCAGGCUGCACGACGUCCUGAAGGCCACGCACGCCAACUACAAGGUCACCCUGGACCUUCAGAACAGCACGGAGAAGUUCGGGGGCUUUCUGCGCUCGGCCUUGGACGUGCUCUCUCAGAUCCUAGAGCUGGCCACGCUGCAGGACAUCGGGAAGUGCGUGGAGGAGGUCCUGGGCUACCUGAGGUCCUGCUUCAGCCGGGAGCCCACGAUGGCCACGGUCUGCGUCCAGCAGCUGCUCAAGACUCUCUUUGGGACAAACCUGGCCUCCCAGUUUGAUGGCUUGUCGUCCAACCCCAGCAAGUGCCAGGGCCGAGCCCAGCGCCUCGGCUCGUCCAGCCUGAGGCCCGGCCUGUACCACUACUGCUUCAUGGCUCCCUACACCCACUUCACCCAGGCCCUGGCGGACGCCAGCCUGCGCAACAUGGUGCAGGCCGAGCCGGACCACGACGCCUCCGGGUGGUUCGACGUGCUGCAGAAGGUGUCCACCCAGCUGAAGACAAACCUCUCGAGCAUCACAAAGACGCGUGCAGACAAGAACGCCAUUCACAGUCACAUCCGGCUGUUCGAGCCUCUGGUCAUAAAGGCGCUGAAGCAGUACACGACCACCACGUCCGUGCAGCUGCAGAGGCAGGUCCUGGACUUGCUGGCACAGCUGGUCCAGCUGCGGGUCAACUACUGUCUCCUGGACUCAGACCAGGUGUUCAUCGGGUUCGUGCUGAAGCAGUUCGAGUACAUUGAAGUGGGCCAGUUCAGGGACUCAGAGGCAAUCAUUCCAAACAUCUUUUUCUUCCUGGUCCUUCUGUCUUACGAGCGCUAUCAUUCAAAGCAGAUCAUUGGGAUUCCUAAGAUCAUUCAGCUCUGCGACGGCAUCAUGGCGAGCGGGAGGAAGGCCGUGACCCACGCCAUCCCGGCUCUGCAGCCCAUCGUCCACGACCUCUUCGUUUUAAGAGGGACCAAUAAAGCUGACGCAGGGAAGGAGCUGGAAACCCAGAAGGAGGUGGUGGUGUCGAUGCUCCUGAGACUCAUCCAGUACCAUCAGGUGCUGGAGAUGCUGAUCCUGGUCCUGCAGCAGUGCCACAAGGAGAGCGAGGACCGGUGGAAGCGGCUGUCGCGGCAGGUGGCUGACAUCCUCCUCCCGAUGCUCGCCAAGCAGCAGAUGCACAUCGAUUCUCACGAAGCCCUCGGCGUGUUAAACACGUUGUUUGAGAUCCUGGCCCCGUCCUCCCUGCGGCCCGUGGACAUGCUUUUGCGGAGCAUGUUCGUCACCCCAGACACCAUGGCGUCGGUGAGCACUGUCCAGCUCUGGGUCUCGGGGAUCCUGGCCAUUUUGAGGGUCCUCAUCUCCCAGUCCACCGAAGACAUCGUCCUCUCCCGCAUCCAGGAGCUGGCCUUCUCCCCGCACCUGCUCUCCUGUCCCGUCAUCGACAGGCUAAGGGACGGGGACAGGGACUCAGCACCCAAUGGACACAGCGGGGGCAGACAGGUGAAGACUUUGCCGGAAGAGACGUUCUCUAGGUUUCUCCUACAGCUGGUGGGCAUCCUCUUGGAGGACAUUGUCACGAAGCAGCUCAGAGUGGACAUGAGCGAGCAGCAGCACACUUUCUACUGCCAGGAGCUGGGCACGCUCCUCAUGUGUCUGAUCCACAUCUUCAAGUCUGGAAUGUUCCGGAGAAUCACAGCAGCCGCCUCCAGGCUCUUCACGGCCGACGGCGCGGACGGCAGCUUCUACGGCCUGGAGAGCUUGAACGCGCAGGUGCGCUCCAUGGUCCCCACACACCCGGCCCUCGUGCUGCUCUGGUGCCAGAUCCUGCUGCUCGUCAGCCACACGGACUACGGCUGGUGGGCCGAGGUGCAGCAGACCCCCAGACGACGCAGUCUGUCCAGCACGAAGUCACUGAGUCCCCAGAUGUCUGGAGAGGAGGACUCCGAGCUGGCAUCCAAACUUGGGAUGUGCAACAGAGAAAUUGUCCGGCGAGGCGCGCUCAUCCUCUUCUGUGAUUACGUGUGUCAGAACCUGCACGAUUCCGAGCACCUGACCUGGCUCGUCGUGAACCACAUCCAGGACCUGAUCAGCCUGUCGCACGAGCCGCCCGUGCAGGACUUCAUCAGCGCCGUGCACCGCAACUCCGCCGCCAGCGGCCUCUUCCUCCAGGCCAUCCAGUCCCGCUGCGAGAACCUCUCGGCCCCCACCACUCUGAGGAAAACCCUGCAGUGCCUGGAAGGCAUCCACCUGAGCCAGUCGGGUGCCGUGCUGACGCUGUACGUGGACAAGCUGCUGUGUACCCCGUUCCGCGUGCUGGCUCGCAUGGUCGACACCCUUGCGUGUCGCCGGGUAGAAAUGCUUUUGGCUGCAAAUUUACAGAGCAGCGUGGCCCAGCUGCCCGUGGAAGAACUGAACAGGGUCCAGGAACACCUUCAGAGCCGCGGGCUCGCGCACAGGCACCAAAGGCUCUACUCCCUGCUGGACAGGCUCCGCCUCGCCACCGCACCGGGGUCCCGGGGCCCCUGUCCUCCGGCCACGUCCCACCCGCUGGAUGGGGAGGGGUCCCUGGCGCUGGAGACUGUGAGCCCAGACAAGGACUGGUACGUGCGCCUGGUCAAGUCCCAGUGCUGGACGAGGUCUGACUCGGCGCUGCUGGAGGGGGCGGAGCUGGUGAAUCGGCUCCCACCAGGUGACAUGAGCACGUUCCUGAGGCACCCGGAGUUCAACAUCAGCCUGUUAGCCCCGUGCCUGGGUGUGGGCGCGCGGGAAGUUUCCGGAGGCCAGAAGAGCGCCCUCUUUGAAGCAGCCUACUGGAGCCAGUUGAACGAUCUGUUUGGGGAUGCCGGGGUGUAUCGCUCCCUGACCACGCUGGCCCGCGCCCUGGCCCAGUACCUGCUGCUGCUCCCCAAGCUGCCCGGCCACCUGCACCUUCCCCCGGAGAAGGAGAGGGACACUGUGAAGUUUGUGGUCAUGACCCUGGAGGCACUGGCCUGGCACUUGAUCCACGAGCAGAUCCCGCUGAGUGUGGACCUGCAGGCGGGCCUGGACUGCUGCUGCCUGGCCCUGCAGCUGCCCGGCCUGCGGCGCCUGCUGGCCUCCCCCGAGAUGGUGACCCGCACCUGCUCCCUCGUCCACUGCGUCCGCCUCCUCCUGGAAGCCAUUGUGGUGCAGCCCGGAGACCAGCUGCUCAGUCUAGAGAGAAGGACAGACACCCCGAAGGCUGCCAGAGAGGACGGAGGAGACUCCCGCACACAGAGCCCCGAGCACGUGACUGCAGCCUGCAGGACGGUGGCAGAGCUGGUGGAGGCCUUGCCGUCCGUGCUGGCCUUGGGGCAUAAGAGGAACAGCCACAUGCCCGCGUUCCUCACAUCCGUGCUCAGGAACAUCGUGGUCAGCCUGGCCCGCUUGCCCCUCGUCAACAGCUACACGCGCAUCCCCCCCCUGGUCUGGAAGCUCGGGUGGUCACCCACGCCGGGAGGGGAUUUUGGCACAGCCUUCCCCGAGAUCCCCGUGGAGUUCCUCCAGGAGAAGGAAGUCUUCAAAGAGUUCAUCUACCGCAUCAACACGCUGGGGUGGACCAGCCGCACUCAGUUCGAGGAAACGUGGGCCACCCUCCUGGGCGUCCUGGUGACUCAGCCCCUCGUGCUGGAGCAGGAGGAGAGCCCCCCGGAGGAAGACACGGAGAGGACCCAGAUCAACGUCCUGGCCGUGCAGGCCAUCACCUCCCUGGUGCUGAGCGCGAUGGCCGUGCCCGUGGCCGGCAACCCCGCCCUCAGCUGCUUGGAGCAGCAGCCCCGGAACAAGCCCCUGAAAGCACUCGACACCAGGUUUGGGCGGAAGCUGAGCGUGAUCCGAGGAAUUGUAGAGCAGGAAAUUCAAGCAAUGGUGUCGAAGAGGGAGAACAUCGCCACCCAUCACCUAUACCAGGCGUGGGACCCCGUCCCCUCUCUGUCUCCAGCCACCACAGGUGCCCUCAUCAGCCACGACAAGCUGCUGCUGCAGACCAACCCCGAGCGGGAGCUGGGCAGCAUGAGCUACCAGCUCGGCCAGGUGUCCAUCCACUCGGUGUGGCUGGGGAGCAGCAUCACCCCCCUGAGGGAAGAGGAGUGGGACGAGGAGGAGGAGGAGGAGGCCGAUGUCCCCGCACCUUCGUCGCCGCCCACGUCUCCCGUCAGCUCCAGGAAGCACCGGGCUGGGGUGGACAUCCACUCGUGCUCGCAGUUCCUGCUGGAGCUGUACAGCCGCUGGGUCCUGCCGUCCAGUUCCGGCCGAAGGACCCCCAUCAUCCUGAUCAGCGAAGUGGUGCGAUCUCUCCUCGUGGUCUCAGACCUGUUCACGGAGCGCAGCCAGUUUGAGAUGAUGUACCAGACGCUGACCGAGCUGCGCAGGGUGCACCCUCCAGAGGACGAGAUCCUCCUGCAGUACCUGGUGCCGGCCACCGGCAAGGUCCACGGGGACGGCCACCGCCAGUGUGAGCACGUGGGCUCCGCUCACUCUGGGCUCCCCGUGGAGUGUGCCGUGGUGGGCGAGCCGCACUUGGGGGCUCCUGUGCGCCUUUGUCAGGUUGUCUCGGUGGCGCACGCGCCAGGAGCUGGCUGUGUGGGGGCCCCUUUUCCAGGGUGCUGCUGGCCCUGCUUCCUAUCGCCAGGGCCCCUCCCGGGACUGCUCUGUCACAGUCCCCUGCACUCCCACCCCACAGUGUGGGUGUCUCAGCCUUGUGACAGGAGAGCGGGCAGGGCCUUUGGGGUCCCUCCUGGUUCUGCCUCCAGCCGGCUGUUGGAGAGCACGCUCAGGAGCAGCCACCUGCCCAGCAGGAUCGGGGCCCUGCACGGCGCCCUCUACGUGCUGGAGUGCGACCUGCUGGACGACACGGCGAAGCAGCUCAUCCCCGUCCUCAGCGACUACCUCCUCUCCAACCUCCGCAGCAGCGCCCACUGCGUGAACCUGCACAGCCAGCAGCACGUGCUGGUGAUGUGUGCCACCGCCUUCUACCUGAUGGAGAACUACCCUCUGGACGUGGGGCCGGACUUCUCCGCGUCCAUCAUACAGAUGUGUGGGGUGAUGCUGUCGGGAAGCGAGGAGGCCACGCCGUCCACCGUCUACCACUGCGUCCUGCGGGGCCUGGAGCGCCUCCUGCUGUCCGAGCAGCUGUCCCGGCUGGAUGCCGAGUCCCUGGUCAAGCUCAGCGUGGACAGGGUGAACGUGCACAGCCCGCAUCGGGCCAUGGCCGCCCUGGGCCUGAUGCUCACCUGCAUGUACACAGGGAAGGAAAAAGCCAGUCCCGGCAGAGCCUCCGAGGUGACCAGACGGCUCUCCCAGUGUCCAGAACUGGACCCCUCGGAGGCAUGUUCAGGGGCCCACAGGGAGGACCAGCAGGAGUGCAGGCAGGUCCAGUCCCCUCCUUUCAGGGUCAGGAAGGGGUUUCCCUGUGAAGCCCGCGUUGUGGCGAGGAUCCUCCCUCAGUUUUUAGAUGACUUCUUCCCUCCGCAAGACGUCAUGAACAAAGUCAUCGGGGAGUUCCUGUCCAGCCAGCAGCCCUACCCGCAGUUCAUGGCCACCGUGGUGUACAAGGUUUUCCAGACGCUGCACAGCACGGGGCAGUCGUCCAUGGUCCGGGACUGGGUCAUGCUGUCCCUCUCCAACUUCACGCAGAGGACCCCGGUGGCCAUGGCCGUGUGGAGCCUGUCCUGCUUCUUCGUCAGCGCGUCCACCAGCCCGUGGGUCUCGGCCAUCCUGCCCCACGUCGUCAGCAGGAUGGGCAAGCUGGAGCACGUGGACGUCAACCUCUUCUGCCUGGUGGCCACGGACUUUUACAGACACCAGGUAGAGGAGGAACUGGACCGCCGGGCCUUCCAGUCCGUGUUCGAGGUGGUGGCGGCGCCAGGAAACCCGUACCAGCGGCUGCUGGCUUGUUUGCGGAACGUUCACAAGGUCGCCACGUGCUGAGCACCGCGGGGGCACCGG